CUUGCCCCUUCCACCAAAUGACUUUAAACAUGCCCUUGCAAUCCGUUGCAUGUCUUGUUCAAGCUGAAGUCUUCAGCUUCAGCAUCGGCUCUUUUUGGCUGGUGCCAUGCCAAGCCUUUCGUGUUGUUUGCUGAUCCUGGCGCUCUUUCCAUGGGAAUCUUCGGCACAUCGCCACCGAAUGGACUCGAAGUCGUCGUUCGUCGUUGCUUCAAAUGCUUUGCACCUCAGUCAAGGCCAGGUCAACGAGGAGCCCUCGAGGAGCUUCGAAGUGUUUGGGAGGAACGAGACUGAGUUUGUGGACUGCCACAGCGAAAACUUCGAUGCCGUGGCUUAUGGGAACAUGCUGGUCUUGAUUUGCCGCGUCGGCACGGUGUUCGGCCUCGUGGCGCUGGUGAUGCAGCUCAUCAUCUUCUGUGGGCUCCGGUGGAGGGUGAGACUCAUGAUGUUGAUCAGCCUUUUGCUUGGACUCCUUUGCUUGGCCACACCGGGUAUCGCCAGUUCUGUGGCGGCCACACACACGGUGAACAAUGUAUGCAUGAAGUGCGGAUGCUCCGAGGAGAAGAGGAUGCAUAUGACCUUGGGCCACAAGGCAUUAGGCAUAGUCUUUGUCCUCUUCCAUGGGGGUUCGGCUGCAUACUUUGUCGGAAUCGUGAACAUAGUCCUGUGCUGCUGCAUGUGCCACCUAUUUUGCUACAGCCCACCGCCUCUUCCUGACGCCAAGCAACGCCUUGCGCAAGGAGCACAGGCAGCAGCAGGAGCUGCACAGGGAGCAGCGCAACGCAAGAGUUGAAACCUGUUGUCCGCUCAAAAAUUGGAACAUCAUGCCUAUAUAGUUGUUCGCUACAGGCCGCAGUAUGAAAGGAAAGCAAUGUCAGCCUGUGGAUGUGGUUUGGACACAUCGUAGCAGGCCAUCAUGUUCCAGCGGUUGGUUGCAGGAAGUGACGCAAAUCGUUGAU